AGAGAGAGAGAUUCCUGAAAUGGGUUUUUCUUAUAUAUUAGAUCAAGUUUGUGCAAGCUUGCAACAACACCAAAAGAUUAAGAGAUCAAUCUUAUAUUAAUCAAAAUCAAUGUUAUGUGGAUUUUAACUUAAAGAAACCUCUCUUGUUCUGAUUUUGAAGCUUCACUCUUGCUCUAAGUAAAAAGUUGUGUAAAUUUGCAUAUAGACAUAAAAAAGAAGAAGAAGAGAAUCAAAUGGAUGAGAAGGCAGAAGGAGUUUCACAUAGCAAAGCAAGAGGAAAUGGGCCCACAAAAAAGAGAUUCUCAACAAUGGAAGAUUGUGAAGGUGAUAUGGUAGAAUGUUCUAGCAAGUAUUUCAAAUCAUGCACAACAGGAUUAAUAACUGAUUGUGUUGCACUAUGUUGUUGUCCUUGUGUUGUUUUACAUUGUUUUGCUUUGGCUUUUAUAAAAGCACCUUGGGUUAUGGGAAGAAAAUGUUUGGGAUUAGGGAAAAACAAAAAUCAUCAAAAGGGUCAUCAUAAGAAGAAUGAAGAUAAUAAUAAUAAUGUUGUGUUACAAGGGAAUAAUAAAGAAGAUGAUUUGAAAGGGGGGUGUCCAACAUCAACAAUGGAGGGUGUCAAUAGCAAUCUUGGAUUUGAAGCUGAUAAGGUUUGGCAUGACUUGUAUCAAAUUGGUCAUUUAGAUUUUGGGAGGGUUUCUUUGUCGGAGGAUUAAUUUCAAUAUUGUAAGUAUAUAUAUAAAUCUUAUUGAAUUUUUUUCUCUCAAACUCUUAUGUGUAUCAGAAGAAUCAUUUGAAUUACA